GCGGUCGCUGCCGGGGCCGCUGCUGACAACAAGAUGGCGGCAGCGGCGGCGGGUCCGGUGGGCGCCGAGAGCCGCGUGCUGGGCUACAGCCUGCACCGCUGGAGCAGCUUCUCCUCCACGUACCUGCCCGAGAAUAUCUUGGUGGAUAAGCCCAAUGAUCAGUCCUCAAGGUGGUCUUCAGAAAGCAAUUAUCCCCCCCAGUAUUUGAUUCUGAAACUUGAAAGACCUGCCAUAGUCCAGAGCAUCACGUUUGGCAAAUAUGAGAAAACACACGUCUGCAAUUUAAAGAAAUUUAAAGUUUUUGGUGGGAUGAAUGAGGAGAAUAUGACAGAUCUCUUAUCCAGUGGCUUAAAGAAUGAUUAUAACAAAGAAACAUUCACCUUGAAGCAUAAAAUUGAUGAACAGAUGUUCCCCUGUCGAUUCAUUAAGAUAGUUCCACUCUUGUCCUGGGGGCCUAGCUUCAAUUUUAGUAUCUGGUAUGUUGAACUUAAUGGCAUUGAUGAUCCAGAUGUGGUCCAGCCGUGCCUCAACUGGUACAGCAAGUACCGUGAACAGGAAGCCAUUCGCCUUUGCCUAAAGCAUUUUCGGCAGCACAACUACACUGAGGCUUUCGAGUCGCUGCAGAAGAAAACCAAGAUUGCUCUGGAGCACCCCAUGUUGACAGACCUCCACGACAAGCUGGUGUUGAAGGGAGACUUUGAUGCUUGUGAAGAACUGAUAGAAAAAGCUGUGAACGAUGGCUUAUUCAAUCAGUAUAUCAGUCAGCAAGAGUACAAACCUCGCUGGGGGCAGAUUAUCCCCAAAAGCACCAAAGGUGAUGGGGAAGACAGUCGACCAGGGAUGAGAGGUGGCCAUCAGAUGGUUAUAGAUGUGCAGACAGAAACUGUUUAUUUGUUUGGUGGCUGGGAUGGAACUCAGGAUCUGGCUGACUUCUGGGCAUACAGUGUGAAGGAAAACCAGUGGACCUGCAUAUCCAGGGAUACUGAGAAAGAGAGUGGUCCCAGUGCCAGAUCUUGUCACAAGAUGUGCAUUGACAUCCAGCGAAGGCAGAUCUACACGCUGGGCCGUUAUCUGGAUUCCUCCGUGAGGAACAGCAAGUCCCUGAAAAGUGACUUCUAUCGCUACGACAUUGACACCAACACUUGGAUGUUACUGAGCGAGGACACUGCAGCUGAUGGAGGCCCCAAGCUGGUGUUUGAUCAUCAGAUGUGUAUGGAUUCUGAAAAACACAUGAUCUAUACCUUUGGAGGCCGAAUCCUGACCUGCAAUGGCAGUGUGGAUGACAGCAGAGCCAGUGAGCCACAGUUCAGUGGGUUGUUUGCUUUCGACUGCCAAUGCCAGACGUGGAAACUUCUGCGAGAGGAUUCCUGCAAUGCUGGACCCGAGGAUAUCCAGUCCCGGAUAGGACACUGUAUGUUGUUCCAUUCUAAAAAUCGCUGCUUGUACGUGUUUGGUGGCCAGAGAUCAAAGACUUACUUGAAUGACUUCUUCAGCUAUGAUGUGGACAGUGACCACGUGGACAUUAUAUCAGAUGGCACGAAGAAAGAUUCAGGGAUGGUUCCAAUGACAGGUUUCACUCAAAGGGCCACCAUUGAUCCGGAACUGAACGAAAUCCACGUCUUGUCAGGGCUCAGUAAAGACAAGGAGAAGCGGGAAGAGAAUGUAAGGAAUUCCUUCUGGAUUUAUGACAUUGUGAGGAACAGCUGGUCAUGUGUCUAUAAGAAUGACCAAGCAGCAAAAGAGAAUCCAGGUAAAAGCCUCCAGGAAGAGGAGCCCUGCCCAAGGUUUGCCCAUCAGCUGGUGUAUGAUGAGUUGCACAAGGUUCAUUACUUAUUUGGAGGGAAUCCUGGUAAAUCCUGCUCUCCCAAGAUGAGAUUAGAUGAUUUCUGGUCUCUGAAGCUCUGUCGACCUUCAAAGGAAUACCUGCUAAGACACUGCAAAUACCUCAUCAGAAAGCACAGGUUUGAAGAAAAAGCUCAGACUGACCCUCUUAGUGCACUGAAGUACCUGCAGAAUGACCUGUAUGUGACUGUGGAUCACUCGGACCCCGAGGAGACAAAAGAGUUUCAGCUUCUUGCCUCAGCAUUAUUUAAGUCUGGCUCAGAUUUCACGACUCUUGGAUUUUCAGAUGUUGACCACACGUAUGCCCAGAGAACUCAGCUGUUUGACACACUAGUCAACUUCUUUCCAGACAACAUGACCCCUCCUAAAGGCAACCUGGUGGACCUCAUCACGCUGUAACGGAGCAAUCACUGGACACGUGGAAGAGGAAAAAAAGCAUCCAUUUUCAGUAUUUUAAUUUUUUUACUGCAUUGAUUGACUGCUGGGAUGAAGUUAAUAUAGUAACCCCUAGGUGUUUGAAAGGGGUUUUAUACUUGUAUGGUGAAUCCCUGGAGCUUUUCCCUUGGAGUAGGUUAAUAAAAUGUAACUGACGUACUUCUGACUAAAUAUAUAUAUUUUUUCUGACUUUGGAUUUUGAGUUAGCAAAUGUAAGAUGAAAAGGUGGGGGGAAAAGAAAAAAAAAAUAAAACCCAGUCAUGUAGUGAUCUUUUUGCCUGUGGGGGAAAAUUGAGAUUUGUGAAUUAUCUGGGAUUAAAGAUGAUGGGUUUUAUUUUGGGUUUCCUGAGGAAGAGGGGGGAGAAGUUUUUCUUUCCUCAUCUGUAUCUCAUGAUAUAUUGCUUUAUGCUACAACUCCAUCCUCAGCAGCUGAAUAACUUGCUGGCAGGACACUGGCACACAUUGAGGUAAAAGUAAUUUAUGUCUUGAGUCUUGUAAUCUUGUGUCGUGGGGCGGCGAGCGCGUGUUACAAAGCGUCUGUCUCCUCGCCCCAGAAUCAAGCUGACAGUCGUGUCUAACUGCAUCUGAGACUCGAUCUAAGCUGAAUACCUACAUCCCUCUCUUCUGUUCUCUGGAGCCUUCCACUUAAACCUGGCAGGCAAGUGGGAACCUCAGAGAAACCGUUGGAAAGCGGGAGCAUGGCCGUCAGCCGUACGGGCCCCUUUUCAGGGAUCGCUCUCUCUGCUGCUGUGCUCUUCUGCUGGGAAACCACAGGGGUCCUCGGCGAGCCCGGCAGAACUGGGUCUUCCACCACAUCCCCCCCCAAACCUCUGCAACCUGACCCUGGGUUGGGUGUAGGAUUUCUGAAGCAGAUUGUCUUCGUUUCCAUGUGCUUCUGUGUGCGUUUGUCUGUGUGUCCGUGUGCAGAGCGUUGCUCCCAGCAGCUUGUCCCUUCCUGUACAGUGCAGCUCACUCAUCAGUGCAUUUUAGACAUAGAUCUGAAUAUGAGGAGGCCUUCUUAGCAUAAAUCUCUUUGGAAGCCAGCUGAUGCAUAUGUAUAGAAAAUAUAUUCUUCCUCCUCGCUGAAAGCCUUCUUUAUACACACUGUAAGGGCUUGGUGCUGCACUGUGAAGUGGAAUGAAGGACACGCAUACCCAGCACUAGAAACUGUGCAUUUGGUGUCAGUGAGUGUUCAGUACACACUGGCAGAUGUAAAUAUUUAUAUGAGACUGCAAAGCUUUAUGUCCAGCAAUGUUCAUGCCAACUGGGUAUCGUUGCUGCACCCGCUGAGGCCUCGUGGCCCCUGUUGAACCUGAUGGAAAAUCCUUUGUGUUGCAAAGAUGGACUCUUGAAAUAAAGAGUUGGUCAAGUGUCUUUUUCAGA